AUGGACAAGCUCAAGAAAGCACUCUCGCCAGGCUCCUCCAAGGACGAUGAGGUGCUCUACGGCGAUGCAGAGACGAGAACGAGGGAGGGCGCGGCCACCACGGACGCCCCAGCUGGUCACGCAGUACCACACACUGUUAGCCCAGACGCCCAGCUGCAGACCGACAAGGGACAGAAGGACCACUCGAUUCUGAGACAGAUUUUGAAUCCCCAUGGCGAGAAAUAUGAUGCGGAAGGAUAUGGUUCGACUGCACACGUGGUAGGACAAGGCUCAGACAUCACAGGCAGCAAUACAGGUGCGGGCAUUGGAAGCUCUGCCGCACAAAGUCUUCCAGACCGCACUGCUCAGACUACCGCCGGCCCCGAUUCUCACCUCGGCCGCGACGCGCAUGUAGGGCCUACGACAACCACCACGACGCCUACCACGACCAGCAGCCAACCUAUCACAGAGCGGCCGCACCCACUUGGCGGCCAAUCCGUAGGAGGAGAUCACAUCAACCCUAUAUCGAGGCCAGAAGACCGUGCCGUACAACAUGGAACAGACUCGCAUCUAGGGCGCGACGCGGGCAUUGCUGGUGGCCUUGGAGCAGCUGGCGUGGGAGCUGGAGCAUAUAGCCAGCACGACCGGGCGGGAGACCACGUCACUCCCACCACUGAGCAGGCAAACACUGCGGUAGUAGACCGCCCUCACCCACUGGGUGGUCAUGAUGCCCCAGGAGACCACAUUAACCCGAUCUCCGCUCCAGAAGACCCAGCUGCUGCCUCGUCUACUGUCGGAAGUCAUUCGCAACUUGGCCGUGACGCUGGUAUCGCCGGUGUCGGUGCUGCAGGCUUGGGUGCUGGCUACGCUGCUCACGAGCACAAUCAGAAUCAAUCGACUCCUUUGACCGGCACGACUGGCGCAGGAACUACUGGUAUUGGUGGGAGCACCGUCCCUUCACAGUUGAACGCGGCGCCACGUGAUGUGCAAGACGCUACCUACACUGCUCGCCAGUACAACAUUCCAGGCGACAAUUGCAGUGGAGCUCCGGCUGAAGGCUACGUCCACCACACACAUGGUCCCCACUCGACCGACAUUGCCAACAGGCUUGAUCCACAUGUCCCCGGAGAAUUUCCCACCGAGUCGGGUGUAGAUCGUCACGGCGCUGGUGGAUCGGCGAGCGCUGCACCUCUUACUUCCAUUCCCGAUCGCGACCCAAGCUUGACGCAAGCACAACCUGGGCAGACCGGCGAUCACCACUAUGGUCGCGACGCUGCUCUUGGAGCUGGCGCUGGCGCUGCUGGAUAUGGAGCUUAUGAAGCUGCUCAGGGUAGGGGCGACACUGGUCCAGCAAGCAAGACCAUCGGUCCACACGAUAGUAACAUCGCCAACAUUGUUGAUCCGAGAGUUCAACCAGAGCCUGAGAAGAUGAAGGACUCGAAGACAACCGGACCACACUCCUCGGAUCUAGCGAACAAGGCCGAUCCACGUGUGAAGGAGACUUCGACUGUUGGUGGUGGCGCCAUUGGCACUCAGAGCGACCACAAGCCCACGGUGGGCGAGAAGCUGUAUCCAGACAGCACACCCACUGACCGUCCAUCUACCGAGCAUACAGGCACUGGACAGGACUUGAAGGGUACCGAAGACCAGCACCACGGACGUGACGCAGCACUCGUUGGAGGUGCGGGUGCAUUGGGAGGCGCUGGCGCUUAUGCCGCGACCAGAGAUCAUGACAAGCCGAUUACGGAGCAGCUCGCUUCGACUCACGGCACUCAAACUCAACCAGCUUAUCACGCCACAACAGACUCCUCUGCCGCCACCCAGCCAGGUACGAACCUUCCAGAUUCUCGUCACCGCAACAAAGAGGCCGCGCAUGCUGGUGAGGCAGGACUUGCCGGCACUGGAGCUGGUGCUGGCGCGGGUGCAUUUGCCUCGGGCGACCAGUCUGCAGCAAAGAAGACCGGCCCGGCUGCUGGACCUUCAGACACCCCAGUGCAACACACUGGUGAUCCAAAGUCAAUCGCUGCCACCCACAGGGAUGAUAAGGGCCAUUCUUCGCACACCAAGGAAGAGGAGAAGGAGAAGAAACCAAGCCUCAUCCACCGCAUCCUGCACCCAGGCGAGGGUAAAGAGAAGGAAAAGGAGUCACACCACGAUGAGAAGAAGCACGACAACAGCAGCGGUAGCCACUCCCACUCCCACGAUGAGCACAACAAGCUGCACAAGAAAGCGCUCGGCGAGGGCAAGACCACCGAAGAGGCGGCACAGCACGCAGGCGGCAACGAUGGUCGUGUCAUUGAACCUCAUACCGGACUGCCGAUGAACACGGCGAAGUACGGUACCGGACAGGGUGGCACCGAUGGUGCUCAGAACAUCGCAGGGUACCAUGAGACUGAUCCUGCUAUUCGUAAUGCUACGACCGGAACUGGCGUUGGAGCUGGAACAAGUGCGGGACAUGCUCAGCCGGGACAGGAGGGUGUUGCUGGGCCGGACUGGGAUGCCAUCAAGAAAGCCAACACGCCCUACUAA